AAAAAUCAUAAAAAGAGACUAUAGAGAAACUCAAAGAAGAGAGAGAAGAGUAGAACAUGAGUCGGAGAAAGCGGUUUUGGGGAUUUGGUAACGUCUGAUUCAGGUCUUUAGCGGGCGAAGAAACAACAAACAAAGCACAACACUGCUUCUUACAAGUGUUUAUUGAGUUUGAGCCUGGAAAUGAGCGCAGUGAGAAGACAAAGGCACAGUGGUUUUGUAACUGAAACCCACCAACAUAGCAGCUACAUAUAAUCACAGUCAGUUACACUAGUCUACUUGUAAUUAUGAUUACUUACAAUACAUAACUGAACCGACGUCUCUUCUCUGCUUUGCCAUCUAUAUUUCCAUCUCUUUCUCAGCUCGUUUUUCUUUCUUUCUUACUGCCUUUUCUUCUUCAUUAAUGGGGUAGUUUACCCUCUUCUGCUUGAAGGGAUUUUCGUUUCUUUCUUUCCUUCCUUUGAAAUUUUGUUAAGUGGUUUACUGGUUUGAAAACGACAUCGUUCCUGUGGUUGUUUAUUUGAUGGCUCAUGUUGAAACUAAUCUUGGGGGCUCAUCGAUUUCUCAAGUGGAAGCAGGAAGCAAUGAUCUGUACAAGGAGCUUUGGAAGGCAUGUGCGGGGCCACUGGUUGAAGUUCCUCGACCCGGAGAAAGAGUUUUCUACUUCCCUCAGGGUCACGUGGAACAAUUAGAAGCAUCGACAAAUCAGGAACUGGACCAUCAAAAACCUUUGUUUGAUCUUCCUUAUAAGAUCCUUUGUCGAGUUGUUAACAUUCAUUUACUGGCUGAGCAAGAGACGGACGAGGUUUAUGCUCAGAUCACUUUGCUACCAAAUGAAGAUCAAAGUGAACCUACAAGUCCUGAUCCCUGCCCAUCAGAGCCUCCAAAGCAAACGGUUCAUUCGUUUUGUAAGAUUUUAACGGCUUCAGAUACAAGCACCCAUGGGGGGUUCUCUGUUCUUCGCAAGCACGCCACUGAAUGCCUUCCUCCGUUGGACAUGACCCAAACAACCCCAACCCAGGAAUUGGUAGCCAAAGAUCUGCAUGGGUAUGAGUGGCGAUUCAAACAUAUAUUUAGAGGUCAACCACGGAGACAUUUGCUUACUACCGGGUGGAGUACCUUUGUUACCUCCAAAAGGCUGGUUGCAGGAGACGCUUUUGUGUUUUUGAGAGGUGAGAAUGGGGAAUUACGAGUGGGGGUUCGGCGUCUUGCUCGUCAGCAGAGCUCCAUGCCUUCAUCUGUGAUAUCCAGCCAGAGUAUGCAUUUAGGAGUGCUUGCUACAGCUUCUCAUGCUGUUACAACCCAAACUCUCUUUGUUGUAUACUACAAGCCAAGGACAAGCCAGUUCAUUAUCAGCUUAAACAAGUACCUAGAAGCUGUUAAUAAUAGGUUUUCUGUUGGCAUGCGUUUUAAGAUGAGAUUUGAGGGAGAAGACUCUCCUGAGAGAAGAUUCAUGGGCACCAUAAUUGGGGUUGGAGAUAAUUCUUUGGAGUGGCCAGGCUCUAAAUGGCGGUCGUUGAAGAUUCAAUGGGAUGAGCCAGCUACAAUUCAAAGGCCAGAGAGGGUGUCUCCAUGGGAGAUAGAGCCUUGUGUAGCUUCUGCACCAUUAAGUGUUGCUCAACCAGCUGUUAAGAGCAAGAGACCCCGAUCCAUUGAUGUUCCAGCUUCUGAAAUUUCUACAAAUUCGGCAUCCUCAGCCUUUUGGUAUCAAGGAUCAACCCAUUCCCAUGAAUUAACUCAAUUAGCUGGUGCCACUGAAGACCAAAGCUCUGAAAGCCAAGUUCUCUGGCCUUUGAGGCAGAAAGAACUUGAUAGCAAUCAUUUGAAUGGCAGUAAUGUCUGUAGCUCAAGGGUUGCACCUGAAGGCAUUUGGCCUACUUCUCCUCAUCUGAGUGUUUCUUUAAACCUGUUCCGGGAUACAACAGAUAACAACAAAAACAGUGCGGCACGGUCUAUUCUGUCUAGUUUUUCCUCUAGGCCAAGUGAUGGCUUACUUAAUGAUCAGGCAGAAAAAGGGAAGAAGUCUGAGACUUCCAUGGGUUGUCGGUUGUUUGGAAUUGACCUGAAACAUAACUCUAACAUUGCUACUCCUUUAGCCAAGGAAGUUAUAGAUUCAACUUUUGAUUCAUAUUGCAUUAAAGGGUCUAUUCCAGCAGCAUCUGAUUCUGAUAAGGCCCAAAAUUCGGAUUUUUUAAAGAAGGAACUAAAGCAAGUGACAUCGGAGGCAUUACUAAAAGAGACACAGAACAAGCGGGGUUCAGCUACUUCCGCAAGAACUCGCACGAAGGUUCAAAUGCAAGGAAUUGCUGUUGGGCGUGCUGUUGAUUUAACUAUGUUGAAAGGGUAUGAUGAUCUUAUUGAUGAACUAGAGAAGAUGUUUGAAAUUAAAGGACAACUUCGUCCAUGUGACAAAUGGAAAGUGGUUUUUACUGAUGAUGAGGGUGAUAUGAUGCUUGCCGGCGAUGAUCCAUGGCAGGAAUUCUGUAAGUUGGUGAAGAAGAUCUUCAUAUAUUCAUGUGAAGAAGUGAAGAAGAUGAGCCCAAGAUGCAAGCUUAAUGUAUCAUCUGUAAAGGGUGAAGGGACUGUUAUAAGCCGGGACGACUCAGAUCAUAAGUCUGAAAUUUGAAAGUACAAACACCGUAUUUAUUUUACAUUUUUUCUUUUAAAGUAAGGGUGGUGCCAAUUUAAUUUGCUCAGGUUUUUUGGAGCUUUGAAUGAAGAAGUUGGGCUAGGUUUUGACGGAAGAGUUAACAGACUCUUACUGUUAAAAUUUAGAGGAACUUAUGAAGGUUUUAGUAAUAGCAUGUUUAUACCUGGUUUUGUGGGAUGGUGUGGUUUUAAUGUAGUGCAGUUUGUAAAAAUAUAUACAUGAUACCUUCUUGGCAUUUGAUUUUUCUGCAAGUAGAAAGUUGUGACCAUUUGGCCUGUAACUAGUUUCAUUAUUUAUGCCUGACGAAUAGCAUGCCCUUAUUUUCUUGCCUUGAAAAUUCCUGGUUUGUGGUUUUCC